GUUCUUGCAAGCGGAUUGAGAUAUGAAAGGAAGCGAAAGCUUAAGGGAGGCCCGUUUGUUUAUGCUUGGGCUUUAUAUGUUUCACGACAGAUAUACUCAUACGGGAUAGGAAAGGGACAGGAGCCGACUCGUUUCUCAUGAAUGAAUGGAGGGCACAUCAAAUCGGGACAGUAGGUGUUCAUUUCAGGCUCGAUGGGCGGGACAACGUCGAAAGGUAUCAAAACGUCAUCAUUUCUCUCUCUCAUUUCUUGCCGUUUUCACUUUCUCGAAUCGCGUUCGGUGUUAGGGAGCUAGGAAAGAGAGGGAUGGGAAGCGAGGAAGCGAGACGGGGAAUCGCGUGGACCAAGAAGAGCGGGAGUUUCGAUUUUUUUUUUUCGCGGGACGCGUCUCACGGGUUUUUUUGGUUGGCUGGUAUUGUUGCUGCUCCUCUCUUUCUCUCUCUCUCUCUCCGUGUGUGUUUUCAAUAUACCAUUUGCGUCGCCGGUUCCUAUUUUCUUUCCUUCUUUUUUUUUAAGAAAAAAAGAAAGGAGAAAAGCGAAAAGAGAACGAAAAGGUGAUUUACCUGGGUGACGUUGACGGCGACAGCGGUGAUGAACAGCGACGGCGAUUGGACGUCUUGGGGAAUACUCACCACUUCGGAAGGCAAGAGGGGAGAAGUUGAGAUGGGUCGGGAUCGGAAGGGGGGCGAGACGGGAACGGGGAACGGAGUCCACUCGGCCGGGCUUAUAACGGGCAGGCUAGGUAAGUGCAAAAAAGGGGGCGCGAG